AUGUCCGCGCCAGCAGAACCCCCACCAACCUACGACCAGGCCACUGGCUCUUCGGCCACAACGUCCUCCAAACCACAGAAAUCAUCCCACCUAGAAGUGCCGUCUGCAAAGAAUGGGAUCCCAACAGAAGCCCGCCGCUCGAUGGAGGACCUUCAGAGACCUUUACCCGAAGGGUGGGUACGGCAGUACGAUCCCAAGGAGAACCACCAGUUCUUCGUGAACACAAAUGUCGAGCCCCCCCAAUCAUACUGGGAGCACCCAUUAGAUAUCCCCGAAGUCCUGAAGAGCUUGAGCACAGAGGAACGCGAAAGAUUGCAAGAAGAAGAGGAUAGGUUGAGAAGACAGGCACCACAUUCCGCCGACCACUCCGAAGACGAACAAUACCCACCAGAACUCCCGGCCCGGCCAUCCUCCUCACAACAAGCCGGUCAAAAGAAGACCUUUGGCGAGAAACUGAAAGAUAAAGUCACCGGCACAACUCACGAGGAACGUGUACGCAGUCGUGCGCAACGUGCAGAAGAAGAGAGACAAUAUUACGAAGCACAUAUGAGGUUGCGACAAGCUAUGCAGCAAGCACAAAUGACAGGUCAACCUCAGUUCUUCGCCAAAGACAGAGACGGCAAGAACAUCUACGUGGAGCCUCCCGGGGGUCCGGGCUAUGGAUAUGGCGGAUACGGACCAAGGGGUUAUGGUGUCAACCCUUAUUCAAGCGGACCAUAUGCGGACCCCAACGCCAGAUUUAUUCGACCAGGCUAUCCCUAUAAUCGUCCAUACGGCGCUUAUCCGGGAGGUGGAUAUGGAUUGCCCAUUGCGGGAGGGUUGCUUGGAGGGUUGCUUCUUGGUGGACUAUUGUUCUAG